ACCUUCUCUCUGACAGUUGUGUGAACUGGAAAGUUUUGUGAAUAUGUAGAUAUUAACGCUAGAAUCAGGUUGCACCGAGUAGCACCUAAAACCUCUGCACAGCACGUACUGAAAACAGGAAGCCAUUUCGUCUUGUGAUCAUGCAGUCCUGGGUUUUGUGGCUGCCGUUUGCACUGACAGUUUGUGAUGCGAAUUUUCCCCCACCGGUGGUGAACAUCAGUCUGGACGAGGCUCCGGAGGUGAGAUGGUGGCCGCUGAAAAACCUCUAUAGUAAAGAUUUCUUACAGAAAGCAGCUGCUCAGGUCAUCGAUUCUACCGUUCCAGCAUGGGUUCACCAUGCUAUCAAACCUGUGGUGAGAGCUCUGGAGAGGUUUACCCCUCAGCCCUACGCUGGUGAGAUCAGGGGCAUGGCAGAUUUAUAUGGCUCUGACAUCUCCGACAUCCUCAUGCUCAACUUUGCCUAUGAAGUUUCUGCAUUCUGCACUAGUAUUGUGGCUCAAGGCACCGAGGGAAAAAUCUAUCAUGGGCGAAACUUGGACUACCCACAUGAUGUUCUGAAGAAUCUUACGAUUGAUGUUCAGUUCAUCAAAAAUGGAGAAGUGGCCUACAGAGGCACAACUUUUGCUGGUUAUGUCGGGUUAUGGACCGGGCAAAGUAAGAACAAGUUCACUGUGACUGGGAAUCAGCGAGAUAAAGGCCACUGGUGGGACAACAUCAUCUCGGCUGUCCUGUUAAAGAAUUCUCCAGUUAGCUGGCUAUUAAGAGAGUUGUGUGUGUAUAUAUUUCAGACUCUUGAGGGUGCCUCAGACUUCCUGAAUGCAGUCAUACUGUUGUCUAAAACACCAAUCAUCACUGAUGUGUACUACAUUGUGGGCGGUGCUAAUCCAGGAGAGGGUGUGGUCAUCACUAGGGACAGGAAUGGCCCUGCAGAUAUUUGGCCUUUGGAUACGCUUAAUGGCAACUGGUACAGAGUUCAGACAAACAAUGAUCACUGGCUGCCCCCACCAAGACGAGACACUAGAUUAGAGGUGGCUAUGAAAGCACUGAAUACUACAGGUGAAAAUAACAUGAAUGUGAGCUCUCUUUAUCAGGUUUUAUCAGUGACUCCAGUGUGCAACAGCAUAACAGUCUAUACUACAGUGAUGAAUGCAGCUGCCCCAGAAGAGUACAGAACUGUGGUGAGAGAGACAUGUGGUGAGUCCAGUAUGGCAAAGUUCAACGGUCUAAACUAAAACCCUCACCAAACCUACAGUAUUUCAUAGUACUAACAUACAGCAUGACAUUUUGAAUAAGGCAAUUUAUAUAAAAAAUGUUUACAAUCCUACAGGAAUGAACUGUAUAUAGCAGUGUUGGUGUCCAUUGUGCAAUAACUUUGUUAUUAUCUAACAUUAAAUGUGCACCUAACCAACAAGAUCAAUACAUUUUUAAUGUACUAAUUUUGUUUUGUCUUGUUUAUAUAAGCAGUUUCACAUGUAUUGUAAUGUUGGAAUGUGUUCAUGUAAAAAGUCAGUCAAUGAGACUGGUUCAAGCACAAUGUAUGUUUAUAACAAUGGUCAUGAGCUUUGAGUAGCAAUUGAAAGAAUGAAAAGCUGUGAGUACGAGUGAUGAGAAUGAGAUUCUUAUACAGGUUUAAAGGGCUUACUCGCUGUGAUAUCGUGAGGAGCUCAACAGACUGGGAAAGCCUUAGUGUCAGAAGCCAUUUUAUGAGCUUUGGGUUCCGUACAAUGAUGCCUCCUUGUCAGGGACAUCCCACUUGGCUCAGGACCAGCUGGAAAAUCUCUCAGUUAACCUGGGAACAGUUUUUUUUUUUUUAAUAAAUUGCAAAAAGUUGUAAAUUUAAACAUAACAUACUAGUUAGUAGAUUGUGAAUUAAUGUGUGAUUGGAUCCGGACCCAGCAACCCUAAGAAACAUAACCCUGAAAAACAGUGAUGACAAAUAAUUUUUUUUUCAGUUCUAUGUCUUGUUGAGAACUAAUAAAACAACUGAAAUGUA